CSGCACGCACAACGACUUUUUCCUAAUACAAGUAUUAACAUCGGYAUCGGUAUCAGUUUUACUACUAGCAAACUACCAUGAAGACUUCUAUUCUGUGCUCCUCCAUCGUUGCGAUGAUGGCAUCGAAUGCUAGUGGAUUCGCACCGACGAAUCCGUCGGCUUCCGUCAGUUCCACACGGAUCGCCGCCGCUGCCGAGGAAGGAGAUUCGCGAAGAGAGUUCCUCUCCAAGUCCGUCGCGACGUACACCGCCGCAGCCCUAGCCUCAACCGGGGUGUUGGCCCCUCUUCCGGCCAACGCYUCCCCCACGGACAAGGUCAACGCCAAAUUGAAGUCGUAAGUAUUUUUUUAUUCACCGAACACCGAGGCGUUUUUGUUUUUGACGAACCGGAACUCGCCGAAGGACUGCGUGUCGAAAAUCUAUAUUGAUUUACUUUGUUGCCGCUUGGAACUCCGGAAGCUAGCCCCUUUACUUUACCAGACAACAAGCACGACGGACACGCCGGUGAAAUCUCGACAGACAAUGCCAGCGGUUUGUUGUUUUUGGCAAWGGAAACGGGAAAGGAAAUGCAGUGCGACKCAGGUGGRGUUUUCCUUUCGCUGAAAUCAUCUCGCGGCGUCGCAGUACGAGUACCUUUUUGCAGAGCGAUGGUUCACGGGCCAGCCGGCGCACCAUGCRUGAGAGUACCGUACUUGUUCCWGAAAGAAAUGCCACACCAGUGAAUCCGAGAAGCAACAACAGCAACURCCCGCUUACUCCCACACCUCACACCUCGCCUCCGUUCUCUUUCUUUGCCGACCCCUCCCUUUCUUUUCUCAAAACACACUAUUUUAUACCGUUGCACCGUUGCACCGUAUUAUUUAUUAUCGACACCACAAUCAGCUACGGGCUCCCCCCUCUCACCCGGGUCCCCAAGGGAAUGAAGCCCCUCCUGGAGGUCUACGGAAARGGAARGAACCGAUUCCCCCUCCUUGUUCAGAUGUGCCACCCCCUCACUUGGGUCGUCCAGCUUCCCUCCAACGACGUGAACGGUGAGGACGGGACCGUCCAGGCCGGCGAAUACGCCAAGGGCGAUACGGCCACUUUCUUCCUGUACGAGGAAGAGGGCCACGUCGACAACAUCGGCAAGGCCGACAAAGCGCUCUUCGAGCGCGCGCUGAUCAAGUCCAUCUCGCAGAAGGGAGCCAACAUGUACCAGAACUUCAAGGUAACCAAGGUCGCCCCCCAGACGGGCAACCCCGAGUACAACGGAAAGGACUACGUUUUGUGCGAUUUCAAGUACGAGCUCCUYACGGGGGCCGGUUUCGAGGUCCAGAGGCGCGGCGUGGCGUCGAUCACCUCCGAGGGGCCCGGUGUUGAGGUCUUGUGGGCCGCCAGCACGGCGCUGCGAUGGGGCAAGACCGAGGAGACCCUCCGGGACAUCGUGGGSACCUUCCGCGUCUACGGGGACGGCCUAAACUUUUCCGAGGAAAUCGCCAAGAACGACGCGCGAUUCAACACGGACGUCUACUAAACAACAACGAUGCGCCGAGGAAGGCAAAGAACGAAACGAAACGAAACGGAACGAACCAAACCAAAUCAAACCAAACCAAACCAAACCAUACCAAAUCGAACGGGCAAAUACCAAGCAAGCGCAACCCGGCUGCCCGAGGGCACGGCAAUGGAGAGACUACUCAUUGUGGCAAAAACCAUGUCAUCAACAAUAGCAACAUUAAAUAAAAGCUAAUACUACAC